AAGAAACGUCGAGAGGAAGAUGCUUCUGUAAAAACCAUCACGAGGUACUUCUCACCAUUAGUAAAGCCAGCAGAUAAAGUGUUGUCACCACCGAGGCCCAACAAUAUAUUGGGUUAUUUUAAAAAGACUUCCCUGACUGAGAGAGCUUCGUCGCCAGUCGUAGCUGGAGAAAAUAAAACACAGUUGGAGGGGAAUGACAAAGAUUGCAACGUACCUUUGAAACUACCUUCAAAGCUGAGGAGGAAAGGGAAGAGAAUAAAUUUAAAUAAUCAACUAGGAGAGAUGAAGGAAUCUGAAAAUGAUUGUGUAAUAGCAAUUAAUAGUGAUGACAGCAGCAGAGAAACAACAGGACCAAGACAAGAUGCUAAUGAUUUUACUGCCACCUCUACUUCAGUUCACCAAAACUGUGCAAAAGAAUUAGUAGAAGAUGGUCUGCAAAGUGAGAACAUCUCAAACAAUGUCAUGUACAGAAAAAAUGCUAAGAAAGUUGGCUCUGAAAUAAAUGCAGUGAAAAAUAGCAUAAGAAAAUCGAGGAAAAGGAAGCACAAAGUAAAUAUGGACUUGUCUGAAAGUUUUUCAUCUGAAAAUCAGAUGAAUGAAAAUCCUAGAAAGGAGCCUAAAGAUAAGAAAAAGAUGGUAUCUCCUAAAAUCGAGUGUGAGGUUACUAUUAGUGACUCAAGUUUUGAAGCUCAGAUGGAUGAUAAGCCGUCACAGGUAAAUGAGAGUGUAAUAACUGUGUCAUUUGAGGACUUCUUGAAGAGUCAAGGAGAAGAUGGUAUAGAUCAUGGUGAAGCAGGCACAAAGCUAACACUGGACAAUUCUGUUAGGGCAAAUGAAACUGUCAAAACUGAUGGCAUUAGUGAUCCCGAAAAGUGUGAGGAGCAACAGCCCCUGCUUAAAACAGUCACUGUCCUUGCGCAAAUUCAUUCUGUUCCCCCUAAAUUGCCUUCUCUACGUAUGGAGCAUAAAGCUUCCAGGAAACUAGCUUCCAUUUUUUUGAGGCAAAAAGGUUGCGUGGGGGAAAAAGAAAGCAGCCUGCCUCCCUCGGAGAAUGAACAAACUGAGCAAACUACUCAGAAAAGAAAAUCUAAUGUUGUUAUUGAGGAAGAGGACUUGGAGUUGGCUGUGCUCGAGACUGCAGGAUCAGAAUCUUCAAGGUCGAAAUGUUCUGCAGAAGAAAGGCAUCAGUUUAUGAAAGCCUUUCGACAACCACCCUCAGAUGUAAUAAAAACUGGAGUUAAAAAGGCACCUGGAAAACCAAAACAAACCAUUACAAAGCCUUCAAAAGAAGUUAUAGAAGGAGGUGCCCUUGCUUCAAAUAGGGGAUUAGAAAGUGAAAUAACAGAAGAUUAUGUGGACAAGCAUUCACCUAGUAGCCCUGAAAACAAUAGAACUAAAACCAAAAGAGCUAAAAAGCUUCAGAAAAAUGGAAAUGGGCAAAAGAAGGCCUUGAAAAGUAAGGAAAUAAGUAUCUCAAAAACUAAUGAUCCUAGCAAAGAUGCGUGUUCAGAAGCUAAUGUUCACACAGAGGACAGUGGCUUAGACGUAAGAGUUUCAUCAAGUCCAAAAGUGAAUGAGUUAAGGAGGAGUUUAAGAAAAAAGAAAAUUGAAACAUCCAAAACAGUUACACCAAAAAAAGACAGAAUUAAAAAUACCCUUUGUGAAAAUGAGCUAAGUGAUAGUCCUUUACAGACUUCCACACCAAAAGCAAACAAGAAAUCCUUGAAGAAAAAUAAUGUCUAUAAGGCUGAGGUGAUUACAGUACCAUUUGAGGCAAACAGCCCAAUAAGAAUGAGAUUUACACGGAUCAAUGCAACUAAAAAAUUAAAUAAAGCUGAAGCAAUGAAAAAUGAAGAACUUGCAGCCAAAAAUAUAAAGAUGAGCUCUACUUCUAAAAAUAUAUCCAAAGCAAAACAGUUGGUCGAAAAAGCAAAGGCCAGACAGCAUAAUAGAGCCAGGGCUAAGGAAGACUCGAUGCCGGUGAGGCGCUCGUCUCGACAGCAGGCUCUUGCUGAAAAGAAAAAGCUACACGACACUGACGAAUCGGUAAUAAUUCUAGAUUCAAGCCUGAGUGAUAUCACUGCUGCAACGCAUAGUAUGAAGCAGAAACAGAAGAAUCUUCGAAACCUCAAUGAUGUUCUAGGGAAAAAGUCUCAAAAUAUGAAGGUUACCAAGAACUCAAAUGGAAAACCAAGCUGUCCACCUUCAUUCCUAGGCAAAAAUGUUAAAAAAUCUGUGGAUGAGCCAAUUAUAAUCUUUGAUGAAAGCAGCCAAGAUGCAUCUGAAAAUUCUCAAGAUGGAGAUCAGUUCAGAGCGAAACGUGAGUUCUUGAUGAGUGGUUUGCCAGAGCUACUGAAAAGACAGAUUGCGAAGAAGGCAGCGGUGCUGGAAGCUUACUCUGUUGCAAGUUCCUCUUUCAAGACAGUUGUCCAUGUGCAGCAGAAAGAUGAGUGUUAUCCAUUGUGGAAAUUGAAAUCACCAUCGUGUCCUAUAUUAACUAAACUAAGGAAACUGAAUACUGAAGUCACUAAUGUCACAAAUAUCACUAUCUCACUUGGUGAAUUUUCAACUAUGAAUACAAAACUAUGUGGAAACCCUUCUGCACCUGUGUUCUCUAACCAGCGAACAGUUUUUCCUGAAAUAUUCCGAAAACACUUACUCGAUGAGAUCAUGUUCUCCAACUCCCAAUUUCCUGUCAGAAAAUACUUCUACAAGCUUCUGAAAAAGCAAGCGGAACAAUUGCUUUUUGGAAACAAUCUGCAAGAAAACAACAAUAGCACUGUGAAGUCUGAGGUAAAUCAAAAGCGCUCUGAGAACUGGAAAGAAGCUAAAAGGAAAAGAAAAGAAACUGAAGACCACAAAUCAAAAAGAAGAAAACGAAUUGAAGAUUCAGUGGCUGAGAUGAAAUCCAAAGUUGCCAGAAACGUUAGUGCUGCUGUAGGUGGGAAAACAGAAGCAGAGACAGGACUAGCAACAUGUGCAGAGGAAAACAAGACCCAGAAGGCAAAUGUUGUAAGAGAAGGCGCUGAAGCUUCCUUAGAGCCAAAUGUCAUUUCAGGUGGUGAAAAGGAAGAUGUUCUCUGGACAGAAAAGUAUCAGCCUCAAGACUCCAGUGAACUUGUAGGGAACAAGAAAGAAAUCGAAAAGCUGCACAGUUGGCUAAAAGAAUGGAAAAAAAGAGCUGAUUGGGAAGAAAAAAGAAAUCAGAAAAGGGCAAAGGAGGACAAGGAACAUGAAGAUUCUUUGGACAGUCUUGACUUUAAAGAUGAUAAAUCUGAUAUUGAGGAAGAGACCAGCCUCUGUAAUACUGUUCUGAUCACUGGUCCACCAGGAGUGGGGAAAACUGCAGCAGUGUAUGCUUGUGCUCAAGAACUUGGUUUUAAGAUAUUUGAAGUUAAUGCCUCUUGCCAGCGCAGUGGUAGACAGAUACUCUCUCAACUAAAAGAAGCUACUCAGUCUCAUCAAGUGGACAAAAAAGGCGUAAAUGCACAUAAGCCUUGCUUCUUUAACAGCUGUAGCAGUGUCAAGUCACCAAAAAAAAUAUACUCACCUAAGAAAGCCCUUUCGCCAAGAAGACCUCCACUUUCACCAAGAGGAGCAAAACGAAGCUUACCUCCUAAAACAUUGGCCAACUAUUUCAAAAUUUCUUCUAAACGGAAGAAUAAUGACGAAAUAAUACCAUCGCAAGAAAAAGUUAAAGAAAAUAAUCAGGACUCAUGUGAAGAAAAGAAAGAUGCUGAAAUUAAGUCAGUAAACAAAGAAGUUGAAGGAGGAGAAGACAACAGAAAAAGUGCAACAUCUCUCAUUCUCUUUGAAGAGGUAGAUAUAAUAUUUGAUGAAGAUGCAGGGUUUCUCAAUGCAAUAAAGACAUUCAUGGCAACUGCAAAGAGGCCUGUAGUUCUUACUACUAAUGAUCCAACAUUUAGUUUAAUGUUUGAUGGCUAUUUUGAAGAAAUCAACUUUAGAACCCCUUCCUUGGUAAAUGCUGCUAGCUAUCUGCAAGUGCUGUGUCUGGCUGAAAAUCUGCGAACAGAUGUGAAAGAUUUGGCUGCUUUGUUAACCACCAAUAACUGUGAUAUCAGACAAAGUGUUCUCUUCUUACAAUUUUGGAUUAGAAGUGGAGGUGGAUAUUUGAAAGAGAAACAUUUGGCACUCCAUGGAGGAGAUGAGACAAGUAAGACAGAUGAAGUGCUUAAUUCUGAAAAAACUACUGAUUCCAAGACUGAUUCUUCUCAAGCUGAUACAGAUCUCUGGGAGAUUCCGAAAUGUGAUACAGGCUGUGUGGAAACAUUGCUUGGCCUAAAGAAUAUCUUGUUGCCUUCAGAAGACUUGUUUACAUUUCUUCAGCACAAAAUCACAACCAUGGAUGACUGGAAUAAAUUGAUACGGCUUCUCACAGAAUUCCAGAUGAAGAAAGUGGAUUUUAUAUAUAGUAACCUUGAAUUUAUUCUUCCGUUGCCAGUGCAUUUUCUUCCAAAACAGUCCGAGACCUCUAACCCUAUACUACUUGAAAGGACUACUGUAGUUUCUUCAAAUAACAAAACUAUUAAUAGUUCUUGCACUGGGAAAAGCAGCGCUGGAAAAAAGGCUAAAAAGAUAAAGAACCAGAAAAGGCUUGAUAUACUGGAUGACAGUGAUUUAUUUGAUACUGGACUCAACUACUCGGCUGAAUUUAUAACUUUGCCAUCAGAUACUCCUAUAUCAUGUAUUGAGGAAAACAAAGAGGAGUUAAAAUUGAUGGAUAAAGAAGAAAAAACGGAAAUUAAAAGAAAAACAAGUGAGAAGAGCUGUGCGGUUGUCUUUCAGUGUCUGAAUUCACUGACUGAAUUUGUGGAGAACAUGUCAUUUUUAGAUUGCUGUAUAAACACUAAUACCAAGGAACCACUGGAGUUUUCUAAAGAUGAAGGGUUUAAUUGGACAAAUGGCAAAAUCAAAAAUGGUCUUUCGGAUGAAUUCAGUGUAGAAAAUACUGAUUGGUGGUGUUUCCAGAGCUGUAGUGAACUCAAGGCAACUAUUGAAGCUCUCAGUUUUUACAAAUGUUCUCAUAAUAUUUCAAAAGACUUGGAGGCCUCUUUGGGUGCCAGUAAAACACCCAAAAGUGAGGAGCUUGAUGGACUUGUGUUACCUCUUUCAAACACGAGAAAUCAUGUGUCCUUCAGCCAGGCAGCUGAUUCAAGCAUUCACAAGAAAGCACAGAAGAGGCAGGAAGUCAUCAGAACUGUGUUUUCCAGAACGCCUUUAAACCUGGGUAAUAAACAAGCCAGCAUAGUCGAAUAUCUCCCAACUCUUCGCAAUAUCUGUAGGUCUGAGAAGCUUAAAGAGCAAGGAAAAACUAAAAGAAGGUUCUUGCAUUAUCUUGAAGGAAUUCAUCUUGAAAUAUCCAGACAAACAAUAAACAGCCUGUCUUUUGAAUUCCCUUGAAAUGGCUAAGAGCAGGAUUACUCUGUGUGAAUGAUUCUGAUAGUGGUACCUCACCAUAGCUUGAGUUUCUUUUUCUUUUCUCACACAUUAUUGUAUAUUCAGAGCUGUUUGUAUAUUAAAUUUCUAUAAAUAUUUAAAAUAAUGUAUAUACCUGCUGUCAUGAUACUGCUUUUCACAGCUGAAAUGUGGUUUUUGGUGCUUGUCCAGUGUGUUUAGAGUACUAAAUGCACAGACUAAUCAGGACUACUUCAUAUUUGUGUCAUGUGGCAAGAAGUGCUUCUGUGAUGAGCGGCUGGCACAACUUUCCUUAUAAGCUUAUUUUUCCAGGGAAACCGCUUCACUAUGAUAGACCUUCUGAAUUUGCACGUAAGUGCUGAAUAACCAGUAUAAGAGGAUAAGAAGAAUGUCAACUUCUAAAACCAAGUCUUGUUUCACUGUAACAACGGGGUAACAGUCACUGCAAAGCGUGUGCCUUAAUGUACAUACACUUGUAUACAGUGGUUUCAGUUCAUUCACUGUUUACAGCUGUCAGACUUUCAUAUUAAUUGGUUAAAGUAGUAGGGAAAUGAUGACUUCAGCUCAAGAGGGACUCAAACAUUAGCCAAGAUUUUGUAAAUAACAAUUUUACCAGUGUUACUUUGCAUUCAGUAAUAUUUAAUUACUUCUAAUCUUGUAUAUUCUAUUUUUAUACUGCAUUUUGCA